AUGGGAGUUCCGAAGGAGCUUGUUUUCGGGGUAGAUUAUUUGGAGCCCAAUAGGAUUACCGAGAAGGAGAUUGCGAAAUUCCGUGCCGAGUAUUUCAUACCAGAUUCGGUAGGGAUGAGGAUCCCAAAGCCUACCGAAUUUCUAAGCAAGCUGAAGGAUGGCGAAGUCGUCUUUUUCACGGACGUACUUCUCCAAGGGGUGAGGCUUCCUCUGCAGCCCGCCGUCCAGAGGAUCCUUGCGCAGAUAGGCUAUGCUCCCGGCUAG